GUGGACCAGGCAAGAGUAGCCGAGCGCAGACACCAUCCCCCAACCCCCCAUGAGUAUAUUUUUUUAAAUACUUUGUGAGGAAAAACUGUUAACCAUAUCCAAAGUGCAGGACCAAAGAGAACUAAAUAAUGUAUGCUUUUGUUAGGUUCUUUGAAGACGAUAUGUGCUACGCGUUACCCGUUUCAACCAUCGAAGAUUUCAGACCUCUGCACAGGACAGAUUUUGAUAAUCAGAAGGUGUAUCUGGUUCACAGAGCUGAGGAGAAUGGCUGCGCAGGCCAGCCGUGCGAAGCACAGAUCCUUGCCCUUGCAGAUACAGUAGAGGAAUUUGAAGACAGUAUAACUCAGAAGAAGAUGAAAAUUCCCAAGAUGUCCAUCAGGAAUUCAGGAAAGUCUAUGGAGAACAAUUUUGGAGAAGAGAGAUUGCCCCUGAGGCAUAAAAAGGCCCUGUCUCAUGACCAUGGAAAGCCCCUCUCUAACUCCUCUAAGAGCCUCGCAGCAGUGGUGGCUCGCCUGGAGAGAAACGCAGCCAACUCCUAUAUGGAAGGUGAAGAGGACUUGGAUGAGGACCGGUUGGCCGAGGAGGGAGAGGAUGCGGAUGACGAAGAGGAAGAAAUGGAGGCAGAGCACCGGCAUCAUCAUCAUCACCACCAGCAGCAGCAGCAACAUUUGGAGGUGGACACGCAUUGUGUGUCGGAGGUAGUGGCGGCCGUCGUUCCGAGGGUUUUGUAUGAGGAGCUGGUUCACAGCUACAGGCAGCAGGAGGAGGAGAUGAGGAGACUGCAGCAGGAGCUGGAGAGAACCCGCAGACAGCUGGUGCAGCAGGCCAAGAAGCUGAAGGAGUACGGCAGCUUGCUGACAGAAGUGAAAGAACUGAGGGACUUCAACAGAAGGCUGCAGGAUGUACUCCUCAUGAGACUGGGCAGCGAGCCUAUGCACGACAAUGGCACUCAGACAAUCAAGGCUGAAGUGGUCGAACCUAUAGUUGAAGCCCAGGAGACAUGCAGGGAAGAAGCCAACACAAGUUCAAGCUAUUCGCCCUCACCCAGAACAGUGUACACCUGCAAUGAUGGGAAGGUACAUCUUGGUGGUGGGAUCUGGGUGGAGGAAGAGAAAUGGCACCAGCUUCAGAGGACGCAGGGAGACUCCAAGUUCACAAAGAACCUCGCCGUGAUGAUCUGGGGUACUGAAACCCUUAAAAACCGUAGUGUCACAGGUGUGGCCACUAAAAAGAAGAAAGACGCUUUGCCCAAACCUCCAUUGUCUCCUAGCAAGCUGAAAAUUGUAAGAGAGUGUCUCUACGACAGAGUGUCUCAAGAAACAGCCGACAGCGCUGAGAUCACGCAGAGAUUGUCCAAAGUGAACAAAUAUAUCUGUGAAAAGAUCAUGGACAUCAACAAGUCCAUCAAGAACGAGGAGCGACGGGAGUCUAAGCUGCUAAUCAGACAGACAGUCAAGAUGGAAAACUUCACCUACGAUGGCAUAUAGCGAUCAACUGUCACGCCAGCGCCUUCUGCCCCGCAUGGUCUGCAGGAUAUUUAGGGGACUUGGCAUGGGUGGGUUGGGGAAUGCUGUCACUGUUCCAGAAGUGGUCAUAUUUCUUUCACACAGGUCCCGUCCCGCGUCCCUAUAGGGCGAGCAUCACAUUUAUCAUUUCCUUCAUUGGCUGCCAGACAGCUAUACCCACCAGCACCUGGAAUAGUUUGAUGUGAGCUGGAGUGAGUGUUUUUAUAAGCUUUACCAAUGCGUUGGUACAGAGAUGUGUGCAUAUGUGUCAAAAGAGAGAUUAGAUGUGAUUGUUAAUUUAUUGUUCUGUGUCAGAACAUCCUUUUUGAGUCCAGGAACUUUUAAAAAGUAAGAGGUUAUUCCUGUAGGUAGAGUCUUCUGAUGCUGUGUAAUUGGCGAUGCUAGCUAGCGUUGGGUCUUAGACUGUUAGGGGUUUUAGUGUCGGUACUAAACGCCUAGAAUGGGACGUCUGGGUCUCGAAUGCACAAGUCUUGAUUAUUAACGGCCAUAUGACGGUUUGCUCCACGAGAUUAACUCAGUAUGUGUGCUGUCGCUCAUCCGCUCAUAAGAACAAGACUUGGAGAGAUUUUUGUUUUUUGGAAAGAAUGACUCAAAGUUAUGAGUCAGUAAUGCUAUAUUUGAUUUGUUUUUUUUUAUUGUUUUUUUUUUACCUUUCAUGUUAUUAAAAAGAAAUAUAUGAGCACAUGAAAGGAUUUUUCAGAUAUUUUGAGAGAUGCACCAAUCAGACUUUUCUCAGCCAAUUCCAAUUUCAGGUCAUCUGUUUUUCAAAGCACUGCAAAUCCUGAGGAGAAAACAUAGUAGUGUGAAUUAUUUAAUAGAGAUAAUUGUUUUCAAUUCAAUUGAAAAUGAAGAAAUUGAAAGAUUUCACUCAUUUAUGGUUUAGCUGGUUUUUAAUCAACCUAGACUUAAUCAAAGCUGUAAUGUUGAAGCAUUAUAGACCAAAAUAGUAGGAGUUCUUAGUUUUGGUGCACUUAAUGAGAAGGCAAAAAAACAACACUGUUUUUCAGUGUCUAACCCAGGGUUUAAUUAAAAAUGUGUCUAUUUUGAUUUGUAGCCUAUCUAUUGGUGCAUCUCUAAUAUCUGUUUGUCAUUGGUUUGACUGAACUUGACAGUAGAGUUGUUGUGAUACAAGGCAUGUUGAUGCCUUGAAAGGCCUUAAAUUGAUUUGGCAAUCUCCUGGGACAUAUACUGUCUCACAAAAGUGAGUACACCCCUAACAUUUUUGUAAAUAUAUCUUUUCAUGGGACAGCCCUAAAGAUAUGAUGGUUAGAUGCGAUGUAAAGUUUACAGCUUGUAUAACAGUGUAAAUUUGCUAUCUCCUCAAAAUCACUUAACGCACAGCCAUUAAUGUUAAAACGCUUGGA